UUGGUUAUGUGAAUUUCAUGCUUUGGAAUGGAAGACUACUUCCCAAACUCCAAAACAUGCGAAGCUUCCCCAUCUUCUCCCUUCUCCCUUCUCUCUAGACAGACACACACCACACACACACACACACACAAAAACACUGGGUUGGUAGUGGGUACGAGUAGUUUCAAACUAAAUCUGUGAUUUCUCUGAAACCACAUCUCUAAACUGUAAUCCCCCAAGAGUGGGAGUGAGAGUGACAGACAGAGAGAGAGAAAUGAGCAAGAAGAAAGUGCUAGUGGUUGGAGGCACAGGUUACUUAGGCCAGCAUCUAUUGCAAGGCCUUUCAGAGACCCAAGCAAGAGCACAAACAACAUCCCCUUUUUGUUACGAUGUAGCUUUCACCCACCAUUCCAGUCCUCCGCCUUCUCCGCUGCUCGAAGCCAUUCCCAAUGUUCUUGCUUUCCAUGUCGAUUUACGGACAGGAAAUGGAUUCGAAGCCAUCUCACAAGCAUUUGGACAGCCUCAUGUGGUGGUCAAUUGCGCUGCACUCUCCGUUCCUCGUGCCUGCGAAAUGGAUCCUACAGCAGCCAUGUCUAUUAAUGUGCCUUCUGCUCUUAUAAAAUGGUUAUCAACCUUCAAAGAGAACAUUACUCUUCUGAUUCAUCUAUCAACUGAUCAAGUUUAUGAAGGAGUGAAGUCCUUCUACAAGGAAGAGGAUGAAACUGUUCCUGUGAAUGUUUAUGGAAAAUCUAAAAUGGCAGCAGAGCAGUUCAUUUCAACGAACUGCUUAAACUUUGCUAUCUUGAGAAGCAGUAUAAUCAUCGGGCCACAGACUAUCUCCCCUGUUCCAAAGUCCCUACCAAUUCAGUGGAUGGAUGGUGUCCUUUGCAAAGGAGAUACAGUGGAUUUCUUUCACGAUGAGUUCCGUUGUCCUGUCUAUGUCAAGGAUCUCGUAACUGUCAUACUAACACUGACUAACAAAUGGAUCUCAGAAGGUAAGCAAAUGCAAUUGAUUUUAAAUGUUGGUGGACCAGACAGGCUAUCCCGAGUUCAGAUGGCUGAGGCUGUGGCACAUAUUAGAGGAUACAAUACCUCAUCGAUCAAAUCAGUAUCUGCAUCAUCAGUUGAUCGUGGUGUCAAGUCCCCAACUGACAUAUCCAUGGAUAUUACUAAACUGAUGCAAACACUAGACUUUUCUCCUAUUCCAUUCAGAGACGGUGUCAGAUUGACGCUUGCAGCUGAAGCUGGUUCUUGAUGUUACAAAGAUGUAGGUUUUGCAUAUGGUUUUCUCAUUCUUUGAUGGGUGCUAUCUGUUGUUGCUGAUACAAGAGUUUGUAAGACAUUAUGUUGAUGAGCUUUGUUUGGUUGGGUUUUUGGAAUCUGGUUUUUGAAAAUUCUUCAAUAAUUGGUUUGAUGGAAAAAAAAUUAAGAAAGUAAAACAUACAUUUCACGUUA